UCUGAACCAGGAAGUACUUUUUGUCUGCUAGCCGUCAUUCCCCUCAGAGGAGUGAGAGGAGUGAAAGUGAGGCGUCAAAGUUGAUUUCAGAGGGCUUUAUGAGUCCAGCUGCAGCUCCAGUGUGUGAUAAACUCAUGUCAGGGAACAUCUCGGUUAAAGGGAAGUCCUGUCGCUGGUAGAAGAGGACCGGAAGUGAAGACACUUUACAAACAUCUCCUGUUGCCUAAUGGAGCUUUUUAGAUAUCUACAAGGCUGAUUCAACCUUUUAAUGCGUCCCAUGAACAUGAUGUCUUUACCGCUGUCUAAUAAGCCAUGAUCGGCUUGUCGAGUAAUGUUGGGGUGAUGGAAAGUCUAAAGAAUCCUGCUGAAGAGCAGCAACCCUCCUCUCCCCUCAACUCGUGGUCCAAAAAACAAGAAUCCUGCAAGAAUCAUAAACAGACACUGGCUGGUGGAUUUGUUUUGGUGCACGCAGGAGCAGGUUAUCAUUCUGAAUCCAAGGCCAAGGAGUACAAGCAUGUGUGCAAGAGAGCCUGCCAGAGGGCUGUGGACAGACUCAAAGCCGGGGCACUCGCUGUGGAGGCCGUCGCUGCUGCACUGGUUGAACUCGAGGACUCUCCUUUUACAAACGCCGGCAUGGGCUCCAACCUUAAUCUGUCCGGAGAAAUUGAAUGUGACGCGAGUAUCAUGGAUGGGAAGACGCUGCAUUACGGCGCUGUAGGAGCUAUAAGUGGCAUUAAGAAUCCAGUCUUAGUUGCAAACCGUCUACUGAAUGAAGCACAGAAAGGGAAGCUCUCAGCUGGCAGAAUACCACCCUGCUUUCUAGUGGGGCGAGGAGCACAUGAUUGGGCGGUCAGCCAUGGGAUCCCACCGUGCCCGUCAGAGAAAAUGGCCACCAAGUUCAGUCUAUCUGCUUACAAGAGGAACAAGCGGAAGAUGGAGCUGGCAGAGAAGAUCGACACGGGGCACAAUCAGACAAAGAAGAGACGACAAUCAUGUGAAAAUGAAAACGGUCCAGGCUGCCUCGACACAGUGGGAGCUGUGGUUGUGGAUCUGGAGGGGAAUGUAGCUGCAGCGGUGUCCAGUGGAGGCCUCGCUAUGAAACACCCCGGCAGGGUUGGGCAGGCUGCUCAUUAUGGAUGUGGCUGCUGGGCUGAAAACGCCUGUAACAUGAACCCUUACUCCACAGCAGUGAGUACCUCAGGCUGUGGAGAGCAUCUGAUCCGCACUAUGCUGGCGCGGGAGUGCUCUGCUGCCAUGCAGUCUGAGGAUGCCCACCAAGCACUGCUGGAGGCUAUGCAAAACAAGUUCAUCAGCUCACCCUUUCUGGCCGGUGAAGAGCGAGUUCUGGGUGGAGUCAUCGUCCUGCGCUGCUGCAGAUGUGCGGAAGCUCCGCCGUCUCAAAAUAUUCAGGGUAUACUGGUGGAGUUCCUAUGGAGUCACACCACAGAGAGCAUGUGUGUCGGCUACAUGUCUGCCCAAGAUAGCAAAGCAAAGACACACAUAUCCAGAUUACCCCCCGGGGCGGUCCCAGGACAGUGUCUGGCCAUCGAGGGAGGCGUGUGUCGCCUGAUGAGCGUCGCUGAGUGAGCUGAGCGGCGUUUCUUCCUCCUCCUGGGCUUCUCCUGCAAUAUCCCAGUACAAACACCUUUCUUCCAACCUCCCUCAAACACACACACACACACACACACACACACACACACACACACACAGCCCUCGCCUCCACAGUACCUUUCUGAUGCCAGAUGUAAUAAGCUUUAGCUGUUUUAACAGGUGUCCAGGAAGGAGGUAGGGGUGUUAUCUUCUACUUAGUGCACUUACAGGACUUCCCUUCGCCGCAGUCUGCCUCCAGCAUGCACUCUAUGCCAGUUUACCCCCGUGAUCUCCUCCAGUGUCACCUGGAUUAGACUUGAUGCACCAUUGCCUUGAUGCACCAUCUUCUCUUUGUUACUCUUCUCCAGCUCACAGUUACUUCCUUCCUUUUUGUAUAUAAGCUAUGAUUUAGGAAAACAGGGUGGAUGAUGGUCGUGUUUCUUUGUUUCUGAACAGAUGUGACUAUUUUCAAGUGUUUAAGGGAAGUGUAAGGACCUUUUUCAUUCUUAUUAAACUUUUAAUUUGUGAGGGAUACUUUGUGUUUAUGAAGCGGGGUUGUAGGAGGAGGUGGCGUCCAGCAGCGCCCUGUUUGAAGAGACUGAAAUGAAUUAAUGAAUGAAUGAAUGUAUCUCUGUGGAUGAAGUUUGAAGCAAAGCAGUCCCAAAAAAACUCUACAUCAAGAUUAGGCGUCAUUUAGAAUAUCUUACAGUCUCAGAUUGAGUUUCCUACAGUGACAAUAUCAAUCAUUUCUGAUGCAUGAUCACAAUGAGUGUCCUGAAACCUGGUGACUCAUAUCCCUGUGCACACGAUACAUACUUAUACCCUGACUUCUAAAUACUGCUUCUUAUCUACGCAGACAUCUGUGAUGUUUAACUUCUACAACACAGAAUCAAGACCUAUUUAUAGGACUAUAUUGUAACUCAGUCAAUGUUUUGUAUCUGUUGAUUUCAUGCAUGCUAAGGUUAGCUAAAGCCCCAGCAUCCUUUGCACAAGAGAAGCCAACAUCAACGAGCGGGAGAUGGCACCAAACAUCUCGUCUAAGACUUCGUACAAUUAGAAAGUUGCAGGAUCAGAGCCUCUUCUUUGGUCUUAGGUUUUUGGAGUCAUUUUGCUUCAAUACUUCCAACGUGACCUGACGUGUUUGGAGACCAGCGUCCUGUAGCCUGGUCUGCAUUUUGAUGCUUUCCCUCAUCUAAACCUCCAGUUAUAUGUAAUCCUUUCAUCACCAAACGACUAAAAUCAUUCUUAGUUCUGCUGAAGUGAGACGCUCUCGUUGCUGCAGCCAUGUUUUUUGUUGUAAGUCGUAUUUUUGGGGCAUUUUUGCCUUUUUUUGAUAAAGCUGGAGAGAGACAGGAAGUGUUGGGAGUUGAGAGCGAAAAGAAGACAUGCAGUGAAUGGUAGAGGCCAGGAGUUGAACUUGCAACUGCUGCAAUGUGGACUGAAGCCUCUGGGGCGCACGCUUAGAGUGCUAGGCCACCAGCGCCCCCUGACAUGUUUGUUUUGCAGCUUGCAUGCCACAGUGUCGUAUAUUCUUUCGUCGUACAGGUUGCAAAAUCUAAUUCCUCAAAACAGGAGAAGGGCUCAUCCUGGUUUCUGAAAUUGAGAUGUUUGCACGCACAAAAAACAAGAAACUUAAAAAACCUGAUCAAACUGAGGAUGCUCGAGUCCGUGUUAGUACACUCACCGUUCCAUUGGCUGCAAAAAGAAAGUUCCUCCCUGCAGCUUUAAUCAGAUUUAAGCUUCCUUCUCCUAACAGAUGUGUGCUGACUGCCGUCCACUGCAAGUAAAACUCUCACCUGCAACAACCUCGCUUCAAAAACUCUGAACUGUCCCUUUAAAAAGAUGUCACAUUGCACCUUGAGGAAUGCCUGCUACUCCAGAAACCCGUCACGAUCGAAGCAUUUAGAGCCGUGAGAGCUGAGCUACACACUCACUUCCCUUCCCUGUACACAUGAUGUUAUUAAUCCUGCAGCAUCCCGUCUUAUGUAGCAUAACAUGCAUUUAGAUCAUCAUAAUGAACUCUAUUAUUACUCCAGCUACAGAACGCUUUGCUUUGAUUGUUUUAAAUGUGAAGACAUAGACCCUGCAUGUGCGAGCUCUCGCUGUAAACACCCCCCCCACCCCCUCUGUUCUGAGCUAUGCACUUCCACACUGAUGCUGAUACAUCAUAGUGCUCAGGUAGCAGCAUUUGAUCCCACCGCCCAACAUGACUGUUAGUCUCCAUUGAAUCACACACAGUUUAUAUUUGUACAGCCACACUGACAGAGACAUGUAUUUUAUAGCUGGAGGAGAACCUUACUUAUGCAGUGAGCCCAUGAAAUGGUGCUGAGAGCUAAACUGAAGAGAAUAAGUUCCGACUGUCUCGACGAACCAUAUCAGAGCUAGUUUAUUCUGUACUUGAAGCUGCAACUAAUAUAAAACGUGAUAAGCUAUGGGAAUGGUAAAAUGUGCACAGCUCUCUGUAGUGCUCAAAAAGUGAAUAAAAUCUAUGUUGCUACA